GCCAGGAUCCUUUCUCCUUUUCUUUCAGGCUCUUGUCUGCAGCACUCAGCUGGUCCUUGAAGGGCCUGUCAGGCAGCGGCGUGUCCACACUGUCCCAGUACAUGGGCUUGGACAUCUGGUCCACCUGGCUCACCUCUGAUGGAAGACGUCAAGGCACAGUGAACACAUCCAUAGACACAGAUCUAUAAAGAAUACAGAUUAUGACGAGAAAAACAACUCCUGGCUGGCUUCAGCUGGCGCUUAUCAACACCUACAGUGUGCAGACGAGUCGGCUCUACUUUUCGACACGUUGCAAGCAGCUCGUCCUCAUGGGAAGACUCCUCUGUCUUGUUUGCCAUCACAGCAAGCCCUCCCCCAUGGACUCCCCUCAUCCCAGGACCGACAACUUCAUGGAGGAAUGUGUGGAAACGUUCAAAAGUUAUUAAGAUGGUCCAUCGUAAAGGUCUUGACCAUCACAUCUGGACGUGCUGAUCUCUGCUUAAACAGUCCCGCCCGUGACCCCGAUAGGCGGCUUAACCCCCCCCCACCAACACCACCACCACCCCACCCUCUAUCUGGGUCAGAACCAAGCCCACAGCGGCGGAGUCCCGACCGGGGCCCGAUGUGGAAUUUCCCCCUCGACCCCGUCCUUCCACCAGCCGUCCACUGAAGCCCGACUGUGGGGGAUAAGAAGCCUAACACAGGAGGACAACAUCAGCACAGACGCGCUGCCAUCAUGCCAGUGGAGACCCUGCGGCCCUCAGACGGCCGCCUGCCCGGGGCCCCCUUUGCCUCGGCCAUGCCGUUCCGGUUGCUGACCAAGGGUCCCGACUACUUCCGUCGCCAGGCGGAGCCGUCCACCCGCAAGCUGAGCGCCGUGGAGCGCCUGGAGGCGGACAAGGCCAAGUACGUGAAAAGCCAGCAGGUGGCGCUCACCCGCCAGGCGCCCGUCAAGCCGCCGAUCAUCCGGAAGCCCCUGGUCCCGCCGGCCAGGAUGCUCCAGUUCCACAUGGGCACGCCCCCGGCCCGGAAGAGUCCCCGGUGCCCGGCCAGCGGGGACGGUGGCGGAAUGAGGGAAGGGCGAGGGAGAAGAGGACCGCCUCUCAACUUGGAUAUUUUGAACAACCUGAUCAAUGACGUGUGCGACGCCCCCCAGCCUUCCUCCCAGUCGUCCUCGUCCACCUCCCCGUCGUCCUCGUCCCCGUCGUCCUCGUCCCCGUCGUCUGGGGCCAAGAGCAUCGGCAGCAGCCUGUUGGCGGAGCAGGAGAGGAGCAACCGCCUCCUCAACAACCUCAAACCGCUGAACACCGCCAGCUCUUCGCCCGCCUCCUCCUGUACCUCCUCCCAUGUCGCCAACAGCCUGCGGACCCCCGUAGCCAACCCCAGCCACCGCCCUCCCCCUGUCCCCAUACGGGCGCCUCGCAUCCUUGUCCCGUCCGCCUACGUCUCCCCAAACGCGGUCACGGUGCGCAGGGUGGAUGUUCGGCCCCAGGCGGAUUUUAGAAAGCCCCAGAGGCCCCCACUCAGACCGCGACAGAGCCCCCAGGGUCAAGUGCCACACCCCCAGGUGCCACCUCUCCCAGGCCCCCAGAACCCAGCCCCGCCUAAAACCGGCACACAAACCAUGGCCCCCUCUCCCUAUCUGCCCCCCAGCCCCAUGCUGCUGCGCGCAGGCAUGAUCCCGCCCGCCUCGCCCGCCUUCACCCGCCUGUCCAACGCCAGCUCCAGGGGCUCGGCCCGGAAGCACCCCUCCUUGCACCGCUCCAAGUCGGACCUGAGCGACCGCUACUCGCGCGCCACGGCCGACCUGGAGCGCUUCUUCAACUACUGCGGGCUGGACCCCGACGAGGUGGAGGGCAUGGGCGGGGUGGAGCGCUUCACCCGGGCCAACUCGGACAUCGUGUCCAUCUGCAAGCUGCGGAGCAUCAGCACGCCCAGCUCGGACUGUGGGGAGGAGGCGGAGGCGGGCCGGGAGGACUACGGCCGGGACGAGGACGCCGCCGCCAGAGAGCGAGUCCCGUACGGCAUCUCGGUCAUCGAGAGGAACGCCCGCGUCAUCAAGUGGCUCUACGGGAUCCGGCAGGCGCGGGACGCUAACGGCGCCGCUUCAAACGUGUAGGACAGAAAAGUGACUGAAAGUACGGACGCCAUUUUGAAUUUGAUGUAGAAGGGAAGACUUUUCCUCUUUUGUGGCCUUUUCUUCUCCUGAAGACUUUUACUCUCAAUACUCAAGUCUGAAAUCUACUUGGACUUCCUCAAUCGGACUUUCUACUAAAACCAAGGAAAUGUUACUUUUUUACCUGGUAUUACUUUGUAUUUACUUUGUAUUUACUUGGAAUUUUACUUGGUAGUUACCUUGUUUUUACCUGGUAUUUACUUUUUAUUUACUUGGUAUUUUACUUGGUAGUUACCUUGUUUUUACCUGGUAUUUACUUGGCAGUUACCUUGUUUUUACCUGGUAUUUACUUGGUAGUUAUUUUGUAGUUACAUUGUUUUACUUGGUAUUUACUUUGUAGUUACUUGAUAAUUACUUAGUUUUUAUUUAGUAUUUACUUGGUAGUUACUUUGUUUUACGUGGUAUUUACUUUGUAGUUACUUUGUUUUUACUCAGUAUUUACUUGGUGGUUACCUUGUUUUUACUUUGUAUCUACUAGGUAUUUACUUUGUUUUUACUAGGUAUUUACUUUUUAUUUACCUGGUAUUUACUAUGUUUUUACUUUGUAGUUACUUUUUUGUUCUUAGUAUUUACUUGGUAGUUGCCUUGUUUUCACUUUGUGUUUACUUUGUAGCUACUUGGUUUUUACUUUGUUUCUACUAGGUCCUGGUAGUUACUUUUUUUUAACUUGGUAUUUACUAUGUUUUACUUAGUAGUACUUUGUUUUUACUCAGUAUUUACUUGGUAGUUACCUUGUUUUUACUUUGUAACUACUUGGUAUUUACUUAGUUUUGACUAGGUAGUUACUUUGUUUUUACAUUGUAUUUACUAUGUUUUUACUUGGUAGUACUUUGUUUUUACUCAGUAUUUACUUGGCAGUUGCCUUGUUUUCACAUUGUGUUUACUUUGUAGCUACUUGGUAUUUACUUUGUUUUUACUAGGUAGUUACUUUGUUUUUACUUGGUAUUUACUGUGUUUUACUUGGUAGUACUUUGUUUUUACUCAGUAUUUACUUGGUAGUUACCUUGUUUUCACUUUGUUUUUACUUUGUAGCUACAUUGUUUUUACUUUGUUUCUACUAGGUAGUUACCUUGUUUUCACUUGGUAUUUACUAUGUUUUACUUGGUAGUACUUUGUUUUUACUCAUUAUUUACUUGGUAGUUACCUUUUUUUCACUUGGUGUUUACUUUGUAACUACUUGGUAUUUACUUUGUUUUUACUAAGUAGUUACAUAGUAGUUACUUUGUUUUUACAUGGUAUUUACUAUGUUUUACUUGGUAGUACUUUGUUUUUACUCAGUAUUUACUUGGUAGUUACCUUGUUUUCACUUUGUUUUCUUUGUAGCUACUUGGUAUUUACUUAGUUUUUACCAGGUAGUUACUUUGUUUUUAUUAGGUAGUUACUUUGUUUUUACCUGGUAUUUACUAUGUUUUUACUUGGUAGUACUUUGUUUUUACUCAGUAUUUACCUGGUAGUUACCUUGUUUUUACUUUGUGUUUACUUUGUAGUGACUUGGUAAUUAUUUAGUAAUUACUUGGUAAUUAUUUGGUAUUUACUUGGUAAUGACAUGGUAAUUACCUUCUAUUUACUUGGUAUUGACAUUGUAUUUAUUGAAUAAUGACUUGGUAAUGACUUUGUAUAUACUUUGUAUCUGUAAGCAAUAAUCCUGAAAGGUACUGUCUGACGUUGAGGUGGCCUUCACACUGUCCUGGUUCUUUGCUCUGCUGGCACGCCGCCUUCAUCCCAACCCAAGGGCACCAGACACAAGCGGACCCGGACCACUUGAAAGAUGUGCUUGUGAGUCGGUCCACCUCAGCUCACAUGAAAACAUUACAGUGUUAAACAUGCAGACGUGCUCUUUAAAGGUUUAUUUUACACGCUUUUGGUCAAAUUUCACAUGGUAAAAUUAUCCGACUGAAAAAGUUUUAUCUGAACCAGAAUACUGAACCACCAGUGUGAACGCAGCCUUACAGUGUGUGUGUGUGUGUGUGUGUGUGUGUGUGUGUGUGUGUGUGUGUGUGUGUGUGUGUGUGUGUGUGUGUGUGCGCGCACAAAGAACCAGGUUGAUGCUGUGAAAAGUCAUAAAAAGUUUGCGUAAAAAAAUGUUUGUAUGUAAAAAAAAAAACAACAAAAAAACAUUUGGCUGCAAGACUGUU